AAGUGUCGACAUUUGAGUAACGAACAUUGACAAAAACGUACUAAAUUUUCACUAGUGAUUUACUCUCUCGAUUUUAUUGGAGAUUUUGGUAGAAAAAAAAACAAACAAGAAUUAGAAAGAUGAUGCAGCCGGGGGACCAGAUCUUCGCCUGCGGCUUCGAGAUCUUCGGGCGAGUGCAGGGCGUGUGCCUGCGGAAGCAGACCCGGGACUUGGCCACGCUGAACCAGGUGCGCGGAUGGGUCAUGAACACGGACGAGGGCACGGUCAAGGGGCAGCUGGAGGGCACCCUGCCCAAGGUCAACGAGCUCAAGUUCUGGCUCCUGAAUUUCGGCAGUCCGCGGGCGAUUAUCGAGCGGGCGGAGUUCACGCCCACCAAGGAGAUCACCUCGCACAACUUCAGCCGCUUCUCGAUUCGCUACCACCCCGUUCCCGCCCCCAGGAAAGGCCCUGCAAAGGAGGACAUCUGUCUAGAACCCAAAUUGUAACUGUGCCAUUUGUUUGUAACCGUUUGUUUCGGGCCUUCGAAUCGAGCUGCCAAUAGAGCCGAGCUGCCUCCGCGAACAUCA